AUGAGAGCGUGCUAUCAAACGAGCGCGCACGCGCACGCCACGGCGAGUGGAAGACGCGCGAACCGAGCAUCGGCGUCGCGAACUAUUCCUCUUCGGGCCAUCGCGGAGCCAUCAUCAUCAUCCUCUUCUUCUUCGAGCGUGAUCGAUACGGAAAAGAGUAGUGAUACUACUAAUAAACAAACGAACGCAAAAACUUUUACAACGAAACGAGGCGAAAACGAAGAAGAGAAGAAACGGAAAGGUUUGUCGUUGGAAUUCGCGGACGACAGCUCGUUGAAGAUGCCGGAUGAAUCUUCGGCGUUGAGGAAUUUCUGGUACCCAGUCACGUUCGUUUCAAAACUGGAAAAGGCUAUCGAGGAGGUUGGAGACGCGAAAACGGUCGUCGAGUGCACGUUUUUCGGAGAAAAAUGGGUGAUCAAACGACGCCAAGACUUUGAGACCGGAGAGAUGAAGUGGGUGUGCAUGAACAAAAUGGACGAAGGAAACGUUUUACCGUCUCAGGUGCAGGACGGGUUGUUCAUGGUGUGGCCUGGGAAGGCGAAACCGAGCGAGGAAAUUCCGGAGUGGUUUAAACCGCCGAGCGGAUAUACCGUGCACGCGGAGUUGGUCAUUGAGAACGUCCCAGUCGAUGCGGCUUUGUUGAUGGAGAAUUUGCUGGAUCUGGCGCACGCGCCGUUUACGCACACCGGAACUUUCGCGAAAGGAUGGGGCGUGCCGAAUAUGGUGGAGUUUGCAACGAAGCAGUUGAGAAAACCGGGGGACGGAUGGCACGAUAUGGCGACGUUUUUGAGCGGAAGAUCCGGAGGCGGGGCGGGAUAUUCCGCGGAAGGGUCCUGGAAACCUUAUCCGAUCGAUAUGAAGUUCAUCACGCCGUGCAUGGUAGAUUCGCACAUUGGUAUGGCGCAACCCGGCGCCGCCGGGGCGGGAGCGCAGUUCAAAGAAGGAGACACGUGUACGUCGUGCGAGAAACAUUUGCACCAGUUGCACGUGUGCGUGCCUCAAGAGGAAGGGAAGACUCGAUUGUUGUAUAGGAUGAGUUUGGAUUUCGCGCAGUGGGCGAAAUGGGUUCCAGGUAUUCAGUUGGUGUGGAUGGAGAUGGCGAAUCAAGUUUUAGGCGAGGAUUUGCGGUUAGUCGAAGGGCAACAGGAUCGCAUGAACAGAGGCGGCAGAGUGUGGGCCAACCCCGUGCAAUACGAUAAAAUUGGUCUCGUGUAUCGUAACUGGAGGAAUCACGUCGUGAAGCAAGAACAACAACAGACUAUGUAA